AUGACCGCAGAUGACGAAGGCUCGGAGGAAUCAGUUAAGCAGUCUCCAAAUGGACAACUUGACACCCAAUCUCCUCUCCUCUCGCCCACCGAGGACACCUCUCCCUUGAAUAAAGACGACUCUGAUACCGCCGUCAGGGCGGUGCGCCCUUCCGCUCUGCGACACUCCUCUCUACACCACCCUCGACCCGACGGGACCCCUCGUACCCCGAACAGGGUGCGAUUCGACGUUGAUGACAAUGUCAAUGGCGGUCCGCCAGAGGAAUGGGUGGACGAAGAGGAUUAUUUGGACUCCCCGAGUCAACAUGCACCACUAUUGACGGAUAUCACUCCUCCGGCCGACUCCCCUUUUCGAUCAGAAGCCUUCCAACCCGAAGAUUACCUGCCAGAUGCGAGGCCUAAGAGUGGGAUGCCGAGUGCUUUCAUGAACAUGGCAAACUCGAUCAUAGGGGCGGGGAUCAUUGGUCAACCUUAUGCCUUCCGCCAGGCAGGUCUGAUGAUGGGAGUUCUUUUGCUCGUUGGUCUGACCGUGACAGUGGAUUGGACCAUCCGCUUGAUCGUGAUCAACAGCAAACUGUCUGGCGCAGAUUCGUUUCAGGCAACCAUGCAACAUUGCUUCGGGAAGAGUGGCCUGGUUGCUAUAUCGGUCGCUCAGUGGGCGUUUGCCUUUGGGGGAAUGGUUGCGUUCUGCAUCAUUGUUGGGGAUACAAUCCCGCAUGUCAUUGAAGCACUGUUCCCGGGGUUGAGUGGGGUUCCGUUCCUUUGGCUUCUGACAGACAGACGGGCGAUCAUUGUACUCUGCAUCCUCGGCGUCAGCUGGCCGUUGAGUUUAUACAGGGAUAUAGCAAAGCUCUCCAAAGCCUCGACAUUGGCGUUGAUCAGUAUGGUUGUCAUCAUUCUUACGGUGGUGACUCAAGGAGCUGUUGUUGACCCAGAGCUGCGAGGAAGUCUCAAAGGUCUUCUAUUUGUCAACGAUGGCUUCUUUCAGGCAGUGGGGGUGAUAUCGUUCGCCUUCGUCUGCCACCAUAAUUCCCUGCUUAUAUAUGGCUCUCUAAAGACCCCUACGCUAGACCGGUUUUCGGCUGUGACACAUUACAGCACUUUGAUCUCGCUGAUCGCUUGCCUUGUCAUGGCGCUCGCGGGAUUCCUCACUUUUGGCGACCGUACCAAAGGCAAUGUGCUGAACAACUUUCCUCCUCAAGGCCACUUGAUGGUUCAGAUUGCCCGACUGUGCUUCGGGCUGAACAUGCUUACGACUUUGCCUCUGGAAUGUUUUGUCUGCCGAGAGGUGAUGAACAACUAUUGGUUUCCGGAAGAGCCUUAUCGACCCAACCGACAUCUGAUUUUCAGCAGUGCACUUGUGGUCGCGGCUAUGGCCGUCAGCCUCAUGACAUGUGAUCUGGGAGCGGUUUUCGAGCUGAUAGGAGCCACCAGUGCUUGUGCACUUGCCUAUAUUCUCCCGCCGCUGUGCUACAUCAAACUAAGCACCAGGAGUUGGAAAACCAUACCUGCAGUGGUUUGUAUUGUAUUUGGCUGCGCUGUCAUGACUGUCAGCUUGGUCCUGGCUAUGAAAAAGAUGAUUAGAAGUGAGUCCGAAUUGCUCCUGGCGUAUCUUCUGAUUGAUAUACUGACGUGCCUGAUCUAG